UAUAUAUGAUAGGCGUUUAAAAAGUUUAAUUCGGUCAGUCAAGGAUUGUGAAAUGUCGUAUAAUCUAUUUAAAGAUCGUCGUAAAAUAUUCCAAGCGAUUCUAAUUUAAGCUUUAUUGAAUAUAUAAUAAAAAUAGUCAUUCCCAAGAUAACGCUUAACAGAAAUUAUAAGUGGUGCCGUCUAGAGAAACUAGCUGCAAACUUGAUGAUAUUAUUAACUCGACAGAAGAUUACGAAGAUAACUAACUUUACUCACGGAUAAUUAAAGAAUUUUCGUUCGAUAUUUAAAAGUGACAAACUCUAAUUACAGUUAACAAUCAAACAAUAUCUGUAAUAUUUUAUUAAAAUAGAAUUAUUGAUUUUUUACCUCUUGAUAUAAAAGAACAGAUCAAAGGAUGACAAAUUAAAACAAUUACAAAAAUGUUUCUGUAAACAAUUCUGCUGACUGGAUUAAUCGUUCACUAAUUUACAAAAUUAUAGAAAAAUCGGACGAGAAAGCGUUAUACUAACGCUGCAAUGCUAUUUCCCAAUUUUAAAUAGUAUGCGAGGUAAGCGAGGUAAUUUUUAAACGAUACUUUAUCGGUGACAGUAACUUAUUCGUGCGAUAAUAACGAUCAUUAAUUCAUCCUCUUUCUAUCGCAACUCCGAACGGCCAAUCGUGAGCGUCCCAUCGCCCAUUGGUCGACCGACUUGCGGCCGUUCGUCAACGAGAUAAGCUAGCCUUCCGCAGCCUUCCUGUCCGGUUACAAGCUGUCAUGUAGCUGAUCAUUCCGGAUUCCUGAUUGUCAACAGUGCGUUGCGAAUGCCAUCGCGUGGAACGAUACAUACGUGCAGUAUGUGAUACCAUCGAGGAAAACGGUGACGCAUUCACGCACCCACGGACGACGCGACUUCGAGAGCCUCGACGCUCUGCACUUGUAAACAUUAACGUGUAACCGACACGCGCGCACACCGUGGCAUAUGUACCAGCGGGUCUUUCGUUAUGAAUGCUUAUAACAGAGGUGCAUCGGGCAUAUCAGGGAAUGCCUUUGAUUGCUGGGUUCAAAAGUCUAUGCAUGACGAUUCUGCCAUUAUAAAGAUGCAAUACCAAUUUUGGGUGAGAAAGCAGGCUUUGUCCCAGAAAUUAGGGAAAAAGGAGGACGAGUGCAUAGUUGCCUCGGACGCUGAGCUGGAUGCAAAACUCGAAUUGUUUCGCAGUAUCCAAGAAUCCUGUUCCUACUUACAAAGGGUUAUUGAUAAAUAUCAAGAAAGAUUAUGCAAUCUAGCCCAAGAAGAAAAUGGAAUGGGACGUUUCUUGAAAGAUGCCGGGAAACAAGACAAAACUCGAGCCGGCAAGAUGAUGUCAACCGUUGGCAAAUCCUUAUCCUAUUCUGGUCAGCAGAGGCUUGCAUUGAGAGCCCCUUUGAGCCGAUUGUAUCAGGAGGUAGAAACAUUUAGACAAAGAGCUAUUGAAGAUACGUUACAAAAUGUACAAGCAAUGGAAAAAGCCCGCACGGAAUAUCGAGCAGCUUUGUCAUGGAUGAAAAAUAUUUCUCAAGAUUUAGAUCCAGAUACGUCCAAACAACUUGAAAAAUAUAAAAAAGUUCAAGCACGUGUCAAACAGGGCAAAAUGGUUUUUGAUAAUCUGGCCUUCGACUGUCUUCAGAAGGUUGAUUUGUUGGCGGCAGCAAGAUGUAAUAUGUUCAGUCAUGCCUUAGUUUUAUAUCAAACCACACUCUUGAAUUUUACAAAGAAGUCUGCACAAGCGUAUGCUACGAUUGCCAACAGCUUCAAAGGCUAUCAACGUUAUGACUUUACAGUUGUGCGAGAAUUGGCUGAAACUUCCAGUAAAUUGGCACAAGAGACUGGUGGAGAUAACGAUCUGGACGACAAGGAUAAAUUACAAUUUUUCGACAUGGAUUAUCAUGAUGAUGUUGAAGAGGCUCAAGAAGCAAAUUCGGAAAGCACAUCAGAGAAAAAUAACAAAGAUGAGAAAUUAUUGGAUAUAGAAAAUGAUCCAAAGGAUACGUUGAUACAUUUGGAUACAACCACAAAUUCCUCGAGGAACGGAAUCGUGCUUAAUACCAAAGAUACAGAAAAUGAUAGAAGUCUCGAAGAGUUCUUCGGAAACCUCAUUUUGGAGAAAGAUGCGUCCAAUAGUACUGAACAAUCGGUUAAUACAACCGAAAAAAAUAAUCACACUGCAUUCAAUAAAAACUCCGAAGAGCAGAAAUUAGCAAUGGAUAUAUUUGGGGAGUGCAACACAGAUUUUAAUUUGGCUGAUUUGUCUCCUUUGUCAUCGGAAACUCAACAACAGCAAUCGUUAAAUCUGUUGGUUUCCGAAAGCACAGCGCUUUUCGACGAAAUCUUGAAUGAUAAACAACAAUGCACGAAUAAUGACUGGGAAGGCAUAUCAAAUGAUACUUUUCUACCGCCAAAUAUUUUAAAACAGAGUCUAGGAGAUGCGGCGCUCGGUAUGGGACAAAAGAGUACCACCAGUAACACAGAUGACAAAAAAAAGAAUAAGACUGGAAAGCAGAAAGGUAACUCGUGGUUGGAUUUAUUCGCAGAAUUGGAUCCAUUGGCUAAUAAUCCAAUGGAGAAUCUUUCCGGUGAUAGUAACGCUUCUGCUUAAUUCGUAAUACAUUUUAAUAGUAUCGCCCUGUCACUUGAUAUUUAUAACAAUAAGAAAAAAAACUGAUCAAGCUAUCGUUUAUUAUUAAUGAAUGAUAUCAGUGAGCGCAUAGUUCACAAUAGUUUCACUUGAUACGUAUAUAUCAGUGACCAAUUUGUAAACUUUUCAAUUCAACAUUUCAGAUUUAUUUUUAAUAGAAUCGUCAUAAAAAUCAAAA